CAAACUGCGCAGCGUCUAUAAACAGCUCCUCCAAAGCUCUUUGAAACCGGAAACGGCGUUCAGUGGCGCUUCUUUUGGUGAAAGUCAAAAACUUAAGAGAUGUCUCUAAGUUCAGUGCAGCCCACGUUGUCGUCUUUGAAGUCAUGCAAAAAUGAUAUUGACGCGUGUAUGGACAUGGUAUCAGACGUUGCGCUAGGAAUAGUCGAAACUGAAGGAACGACUGACAACCCGGCUCUGAGGAAUUUGGAGGAGAUGAUGCUGCAAUGUUCAAAACUAGACAGAGAAAUAAAUUGUUUUGUGGGAUCUGUGGAGGACGUUACUGCUCAGGUCAGACACGCACCUCCAGAUGCAAUGUUUAAUCUAAGAGCAUCUGUAAAGGAUCGGUUCUCUGAGCUUAUGGCUGAAGUUUCCGAUGCAGACCUGCAAAGGCACAGCAAAGUGAAAGCCUUCAAAGACAGUAUCAGAAAAUAUGCAAUGCAAGCUAGUCAAACAACUACUGAGAACACAGAGGAGGAGCUGGAUGAUGACAUCGCUGUAACACAGAGUCAACCAAAUUUCACCUGCUCUCUCACCCAGGAUGUGAUGGUCAAUCCAGUGAAAAACAAGAAAUGCCAGCAUUACUAUGACAGAGACGCUAUACUUGAAGUGAUUAAGGCCAGGCACAGAAAUAAAAAGAGAUGUCGCUGCCCUAAGGUUGGCUGUGGAAACGCAGAUGUCCAGGAGUCAGACCUUGAGUUGGACCUUGUUAUGAAGAGAAAGAUUCAGAACCAGAAGAGACAGGGGGGAAAAACAUAAUUUGUCAAAUGUUUUUACACAGUUUUGAGUUAUACGUUCAUACAAAUUACAGUAUUUUGGUUGAUGUUAAAAGUAAAACAACAUUUUGCAGUAUGCUUGUUAAGUAAC